UGUGUCUGCGUGUGAAUGUGGGACGGGACGCAUCUCCCUCCACCCCUCAGGAAGACCGCACGGGACGUGGCCGUCCCAGCCGCGUACCCACGUGGCCAUCCCCGCCGCCGCUCUGGGUCCCUCCGUGGCUCUCAAGGACCGCACAGUAUUUCCCCUCUCCCGGGUCUCGCUGGGCUCCGCCUCCGCGGCAGGACUUGCAGGGGCCGGGCCGGAACUGCGUCGUUGCUGGGGCGGCCGCCCUUCCCCGUCAGUCCGACCAUGGGCUCCUGGCUCCCGCUGCUGCUGCUGCUGCCCUCCCUGGGACUUGUGUACCUGGGUCUGUGGCCAGAGCCAGGCAAUGGGCAAGAUAACAACAGCAUGGUCCAGCUGCCAGGUGGGACAUUCCAGAUGGGGACAAAUUCUUUAGAUGGCAAAGAUGGGGAAGGGCCUAUGCGGGAAGUAACAGUGAAGCCCUUUGCUAUUGACAAAUACCCUGUCACCAACAGAGAUUUCAGGGAAUUUGUCAGGCAGAAGAAAUACCAGACAGAAGCUGAAUCGUUUGGGUGGAGUUUUGUCUUUGAAGACUUUGUAUCUGAUGAGCUGAAAAAGAAAGUGACCCAGAAGCUGGAGUCUGCACCCUGGUGGCUCCCGGUGGAGAAGGCAUUUUGGAGGCAGCCUGCAGGUCCAGGCUCUGGCAUCCGAGACCGGCUAGACUUCCCCGUGCUGCAUGUGAGCUGGAACGACGCCCAAGCUUUCUGCGCCUGGCGAGGCAAGCGGCUACCCACAGAGGAAGAAUGGGAAUUUGCUGCCCGGGGAGGGCUGAAGGGUCGAGUGUACCCCUGGGGGAACCAGUUCCAGCUGAACCGCACCAACCUGUGGCAGGGCAAGUUCCCCCAGGCUGACACAGCGGAGGAUGGUUUCCACGGAGCCUCACCCGUAGAUGCUUUCCCUCCCCAAAACAACUAUGGACUCUAUGACCUCAUGGGCAAUGUGUGGGAGUGGACAGCAUCGACAUAUGGACCUCCCAUUCCCGGCCAAGAUAGGAAAGUUUUGAGGGGAGCAUCCUGGAUCGACACAGCAGAAGGUUCGGCCAACCACCGAGCUCGAGUCACCACCAGGAUGGGCAACACUCCAGACUCUGCCUCUGACAAUUUGGGCUUUCGUUGUGCAGCUAGCCCAGGCCGGCCUCCUGGGGAACUGUGAACAGAGACCAAGAGAUAAGGGGGAGAAUCCCUGCCCCCUGCCCUGCUUCCACAGCUAGCCAGGGCUCUCAACUCAGCCAAUGCCUUAUCAACAGAACAUCAGGCCCAGACAAAGGGACAACUGAAGUAACUCCAAAUUCCAUCCUGGCCACAUCAACCAUUCUCCCUUUCUCAAUCCCCUCAUCCUCCCCCCCGCCCCCCCAAUUCUCCACUGAGUUCCAUUGUGUCAAGAACUCUGGUGAGGCUGAGAAUGACCAGGACCCACACCCCACACGACUAGGCCCAUCACCAACUCAGGGAACCAAAACCCUUGGUAUUAACUAUAGUUUAGUUGCAACAAACACACCUACCUGCACAUUGGAUGGAGAAAUGAAACUUGUAGUCAAGAAUCAUGGAUUGUUGGAAAUGGAGUGGACUUUCAAUACCAUACAGUUUAAAAGUUCUCAAACUCAUUGAGCCCCAGGGUACUAAUUUGGGCCAUGAAAUACAUUGUUAGAACCCUAAAAUACUGGUCCAGAGGGUAGGGGUGGGAGCAUAUGAGGUUAUGAAAUAUUUGCUGAGUAUCACAGGGUUAGGGAAAAUCUUGGAAUGAAAUAGAAGAAAUUGUUUUUUUAAUACCAAAAAAUUGUUGUAUGUAAUAUUUUAGAUACCUCAUCAUUAUACUAAUAUUUUAGAUUAGUAUAUCAUUUAAGAAGGAAGAACAGCCCUAUUCCUAAUGGAACCCCUAAUGGUAUUGUGUCAUUUCUCAGGUUCUAGCACCUACCUCCCAGGGUUGUUGUGAGGUUCAAAUUAAAAGUGCUUAACACAG